AUGACAGGACUGCAUGAAGACCUUGACUCCAACCAUCACUGGGUGGAAAAGCUGUUUCCUCCUCACUUCACUUUCCAAGACUUGCUAGAAGGCAAAGUCUACAGUGCUGAAGAACCACGACUCGCUUAUACACCUUUAAAUCUGCCAUCUGACAGGACUGAAUCUAGGAAGCAGAUCUAUUUAAGUGUAUUGAGAAACAUACAGCAGCAGGAAGAAAUGAUCAAGAGGAGGAACCUAGUACAGAGAAUGAGCAGAAAUGACGAUCCAGUUGAUGGACAGGAUAAACAUUUGUGUGAAACACCGAAUACAGACUGCAGUGAGAGAACAAGGUGCAUUUGGAACCAGGAGGACAUCUCAACAAUCCGGGCAGCUCUGAAUGAAAUAGAAAGAGACCGAUGGAGGCUGAGGGAGCAGCUCAAAACUUCUGAGGAACAACUGAGCAACAAGCGAGAGGAGAAGAAUCAGCUGCAGGGGUUGCUGGAGGAACAUGAAGAGCAACUGAAGGGCUUAAGAAAAAAGGCAGCACGUCAAACCUUGGUGGUGAAGACUCUGAAGAUGGAAAAUCACAAAAUGGGUGUUCAAUUAGAGCAGCUUGCUAAGCAGAGCCAAGAAAAGGCCAUGGAGGCAAAUAGGCUAAGGGCUGACCUGAGAAAAUCCAAUGCCAGAUCACGCCAAAUAAGGGAGGAAUGCUCAGAUUUAGCCCAAGAGUUGAAGAGAGUGAAGGAGCAACAGAAGAUUGAAUGUGCGAGAGAAGUGCAGGCAGCCAGGAUGGAGCACGAGGCUACCUUGGCGAGGCUACAGAUAGAGCUGGAUGAGACUCGGGCCCAACUCAAGACUGAGAAGGAGAAUCAUGCACAGAAUCUCACAGCUCUGGAGCACCUACGCCACCACUUUUAUAAUCAGUGA